UCAGAGAGCAAGAGAGAGAGAGAGAGAGAGAGAGCCAUCCACUAAGGGAAGGAGGAAAACGCUGUUCUCCGUCAGCCAUGGCUCCCUGGACGCAGACCUCCUCUGCUAGAUAUGGCGUUGUCAAGUGGAACUUCACAGCCAAGCAUGAGCGGCAGCUGUCCCUGGAGGUGGGGGACACCGUGCACAUUGAGUUGGCCUGUGAAGGCUGGUACAAGGGGUAUUUGGUGAAGAACAAGACCAAGGAGGGGGCCUUUCCUGCCAGCAUUAUUGAACUGAAGGAAGUCAUUGUUGAAAAACGAGGAGAUGAGGAGGUGGUGUUAUCGGGAGAGCUGCCCCUGGUGAAGGAGGUGACCACUACUCUGCGGGAGUGGGGCAGCAUCUGGAAACAGCUGUUUGUGGCCAAUAAGAAAGAGCGUGUUACUCAAGUCCAGAGACUCAUGUGGGACUUAAUGGAAUGGCGUUCACAGCUCCUAUCGGGCACGUUGCCUAGCGACGAGUUCAAGGAACUGAAGCAGAAAGUCACUUCCAAAAUCGACUAUGGCAACCGGAUCCUGGAGCUGGAUCUUGUGGUCCGGGAUGCCGACGGGAACAUUUUGGACCCGGAUCAAGCCAGCGUCAUCAGCCUGUUCCGGGCCCACGAGAAUACCAGCAGCAAGAUUACGGAGCGCAUCAAAGAGGAGCAGUCCAACACCCAGACGGAUCAUUCCGGAAUCUCCGCGCGCAUCCAGUCGUCUCCCACUCACAGCUUGUUUGUUUUCGUCCGCAACUUUGUGUGCCGCAUCGGAGAGGACUCUGAGCUGUUCAUGUCCCUUUAUGACCCCCACAAACAGGCCAUUAUCAGUGAGAACUACCUAGUGCGCUGGGGGAGCGGAGGAUUCCCCGCCGACAUUGAGAUGCUGAACAACCUGAAGGUCGUCUUCACUGACCUGGGCAACAAGGACCUGAACAGAGAGAAGAUCUAUCUCAUCUGCCAGAUCGUGCGGGUGGGCCGCAUGGACCUGAAGGAGUCCCACUCCAAGAAGUGCACCCUGGGCCUGCGCAGGCCGUGCGGGGUGGCAGUGAUGGAUAUCAGUGACAUUAUCAAAGGGAAAUUUGAGUCUGAAGAAGAGAAGCAGUAUUUCAUCCCCUUUCAUCCGGUUACAGCAGAAAAUGACUUCCUUCACACCUUGCUGAACAAAGUGAUCGCCUCGAGAGGUGACAGUGGGGGACAGGGGUUGUGGGUGACGAUGAAGGUGCUGGUGGGGGACAUCAUCCAGAUCCGCAAGGACUACCCUCACCUGGUGGACCGCAACACGGUGGUGGCCAGGAAACUGGGCUUCCCGGAGAUCAUCAUGCCCGGGGACGUGCGCAACGACAUCUACAUGACCCUGGUGUCCGGCGACUUCGACAAGUACAACAAGACCACGCAGAAGAACGUGGAGGUCAUCAUGUGGGUGUGCGACGAGGAGGGCAAGGUCGUGCCGAAUUCUAUCUGCCUCGGGGCGGGAGACAAGCCGCUGAACGAGUACAAAUCGGUCAUCUACUAUCAGGUCAAGCAGCCCCGAUGGAUGGAGACUUUCAAGGUAUCCAUCCCUCUUGAAGAGAUGCAAAGGAUCCACCUGCGCUUCAUGUUCCGCCACCGCUCUUCCCAAGAGUCCAAGGACAAGAGUGAGAAGAACUUCGCCAUGGCGUUUGUGCGCCUCAUGAAGGAGGAUGGCACCGUGCUGCGGGAUGGAUACCAUGACCUGGUGGUCUUUAAGGGUGACAGUAAGAGGAUGGAAGACGUGAGCUCCUACCUGUCCCUGCCCUCCUCGCGCACCGGCAGCGACCCCCACAAGGGGGCGACGUUGAUGCGCAGCUCCAGCAGUGUGGGGGGCGGCCUGUCCGUCAGCUCCCGAGACAGCUUCACCAUCUCCACCCUCGUCUGCUCCACCAAGCUCACCCAGAACGUGGGUCUCCUCGGGUUGCUUAAAUGGAGAACUCGGCCUGAACUCCUCAAGGAGAAUCUGGAAAAACUGAAGAUCAUAGACGGCGAGGAGAUUGUGAAGUUCCUGCAGGACACUCUGGACGCUCUGUUCAACAUCAUGAUGGAGCACUCCCAGACAGACGACUAUGACAUACUGGUGUUCGACGCCCUGAUCUAUAUCAUAGCCCUGAUUGCUGACCGCAAAUUCCAGCACUUUAACACCGUGCUGGAGGCUUACAUCAAGCAGCACUUCAGUGCGACGCUUGCCUACAAGAAGCUGAUGUCUGUGCUGAAGAAAUACAUUGAGUUGACCAGCCAAGGGGAGCAGUGCGAGCCAAUUAUCAGGACCCUCAAAGCCCUGGAGUACAUCUUCAAAUUCAUCGUGCGCUCCCGCAUGCUCUACUCCCAGCUCUACGAGGGGAAGGAGCAGGCCGAGUUCGAGGAAUCGCUGCAGAGCCUCUUCGAGACCUUUAACCGCCUGAUGAAAAGCGAAUACAACACCACCGCCCUUCAGCAGGUGGCUGCGCUGAAGUACUUGCCAUCAGUGUUGCACGACGUGGAGACCGUCUUCGAUGCCAAACUGCUCAGUCAACUCCUGUAUGAUUUUUACAUCGGCAUCCCCAAAGCAAAUCUCCAGAAGCACAAGGUGACCUCCAUGACAGAAAUUGUCAGCAGCAAACUUUUCCAAAGACAAGAAUGCCGUGACAUCUUGCUACCCAUGAUGCUUCAGGAGCUGGGUGACGCCCUGAAACAAGUGGGCGUGGCUCCGUCCGACGAGCACCGGGACAGCGUCGAGCUCCUCAACAAGAUCCUGGAGGUCCUGAGCUGCAAAAACGUGGGCGACACUUUCCAGCAUGUUCAGGCCAUAGUGGAGUCCCUGCUGAGGACCAUCAACCGCACGGUCAUCACCAUGGGCAGAGAACAUACUCUCAUCUCUCGGGUGGUGGCCUGCAUGACGGCCAUUCUCAGCCAGAUGGAUGACCGUCACUACUCGCGCUACAUUGAGACUUUCACAGGGACGACAGACCUGGUGGACUUCCUGAUGGAGACGUUCCUGCUGUUUAAAGAUCUGAUUGGAAAUCGGAAGCAUGUGUACCCCUCUGAUUGGGUGGCCAUGAUCAUGGUCCAGAACAGAGUCUUCCUCCGAGCUAUCAACACCUAUGCCGACACCAUGAACCGCAAAUUCCUGGACAACAACUUUGAAGUGCAGCUAUGGAACAACUAUUUCUACUUGGCCGUGGCCUUCAUUACCCAGGAUUCUUUGCAACUUCAGCAUUUCUCUCCCACAAAGAGAAACAAGAUCCUUGCAAAGUAUGGAGACAUGAGAAGACUGAUAGGAUUUGCAAUAAGAGACAUGUGGUAUAAACUCGGGCAGAAUAAGAUCUGCUUCAUCCCGGGCAUGGUGGGGCCCAUCCUGGAGAUGACUCUGAUCCCGGAGGAGGAGCUGCGCCGGGCCACCAUCCCCAUCUUCUUUGACAUGAUGCAGUGUGAACACAGCCAUAGCCAGAACUUCAAAAAGUUUGAAAAUGAGAUCAUUCUGAAGCUGGACCAUGAAGUGGAGGGAGGAGGAGGAGACGAGCAAUACAAGGACCUCCUAGAGGCGAUCAUGCUAGACCUGGGGGAGAGGAACUCUCACCUGUUGACGGAGAUGAGGCAUUUCGUCAGCCUGGUGACAGGCCUGCUGGAGCGUCUCCUUGACUACCGCGCCGUGCGGAGCGAUGACAGCCGCAACAACAAGAUGAGCUGCACCGUCAAUCUCUUGAACUUCUACAAGGAUAUCAACCGUGAGGGCAUGUACAUCAGGUACCUGUACAAGCUGAGGGACCUGCAUCUGGAUGUUGAAAACUUUACAGAGGCGGCCUACACUUUACUUUUGCACUCCAGACUUCUGAAGUGGUCAGACGAUCAGUUGCCGCCACAGCUGGACUCCCAGGGCUGUCAGUCCCAGAGGCAGCUGAAGGAGAACCUCUACGACACCAUCAUCGGCUACUUCGACAAGGGCAAGAUGUGGGAGGAGGCCAUCACGCUGUGCAAGGAGCUGGCUGAGCAGUACGAGAUGGAAGUGUUCGACUACGAACUCCUCAGUCAGAGUCUGAAGCAGCAGGCGCGGUUCUACGAGAACAUCAUGAAAAUCCUGCGGCCCAAACCAGACUACUUCGCUGUGGGAUACUAUGGAUGUGGCUAUCCUUUGUUCCUACGGAACAAGGUGUUCAUCCACCGGGGCAAAGAAUACGAGCGGCGGGAGGACUUCCAGAACCAGCUGCUGAGCCAGUUCCCCAGCGCCAUCCGCCUCAACACCACCCACAUGCCCGACGACACCAUCAAGAACUCCUCCAGCCAGUAUAUCCAGUGUUUCACCGUGCAGCCCAUCCUGGAGAUUCCACCUCGCCUGAAGAACAAGCCCGUCCCUGACCAGAUUAUCAAUUUCUACAAGUCCAACUAUGUGCAGCGUUUCCACUACUCCAGGCCAGUGAUGAAAGGCACAGUGGAUAAGAGCAACGAAUUUGCUUCUAUGUGGAUUGAGCGCACCACCUUCUCCACGGCCUACAAGCUCCCCGGCAUCCUGCGCUGGUUCGAGGUCACGAACAUGACUCACGCCACCAUCAGUCCCUUGGAGAAUGCCAUUGAGACGAUGGGCAACACCAACGAGAAGAUCCUCACCAUGAUCAACCAGUACCAGGGCGACGAGAGCCUUCCCAUCAACCCCCUGUCCAUGCUGCUCAACGGCAUCGUGGACCCAGCGGUCAUGGGAGGCUUCGCUAAGUAUGAGAAGGCUUUCUUCACGGAGGAGUACAUGCAGAGCCAUCCGCAGGACAAAGACAACCUCGCACGCCUCAAGGAUCUCAUCGCCUGGCAGGUUCCACUGCUGGGCAGAGGCAUCGCGCUCCACGGGAAGAGGGUGAUGGAGGACCUGCGGCCCUUCCACGACCGCAUGGAGGAGUGCUUCAAGGAGCUCAGGAAGAAGGUGGAGAUGGAGUACGGCGUCCGAGAGCUGCCGGACAUGGACGAGAGGAAGUCCACUCGCCCUCGCUCUGUGAUGCGCUCCUACCGCCAGUCCAUCAUCUCCAUCUCCUCGCUGGCCGGUUCCGAGUGCGGGACGCCCACCAAGACCCAGCCCGAGAGCUCUUUCUCUCCAGACUCCCCCACCCCCACCCUGCAGCGCUCCAGCGGCAGCAUCAGCGUGAUUGACGAGGGCGGCAACGAGGUGGAGGUGCGCAUGCGCCGCUCCAACAAGCGCAAGAAGAAGAGGAGCAGCAUGAUCUUCAUCAGCGAGGAGAAGGAGAAGGAGAAGGCCUUCAACUCCAAGCGGCUGUCCAAGAAGCAAGAGUUCCGCAGUGACACCAACCUGUCGGAGGCAAACCAAGGAGAAGGUCUCGCCAGCACCAACUCCAGAUCCAUGCCCACCAUUACAGGUCUGUCUCUGUCCGUGGCCAACGGCGGAGAGGAGGUGGACUCGGCGCGCUCCAGGCGGGACAGCAAGAGCAUGUCCGUGUGCGGCACUCUGCCCUCGGACAGGACCACGGACCGGCGCUCCAAAGGAGUCAUCAACCUCCUGUUCAAGAGCAAGAGCUCCAAGUCAGAGGAAGGAAAGUCCACAGGGGACUUGACCGCCGACAAAGAUUCCAAUCGUUUCUAAACUCCUGUUUACAAGAAGACACCUCUUUAUCGUAAUCAUGCUCUCAUGGAGUCACUCCUCUGCCGUCUCAAAGUGCCUUUUCCAAACUUCUGCCUGUCCAUUUUAAAUAAAUCACAUUUUAUAGAUUUCUAUUCAUCAACAGACAAGAAUAUUAUCGUAUUGUCACUAUGGACUCCAGCUUAAGAUAUAAUCUGUGCUGUAAACAUAAUAAAAGCAUUUUAGUGCC